AACCCCUGCCCUCCGGCGCCGACCACUACCAUGGAGCCCGCGGCGGUGGACCGCAUCGCCGCCCGCCUCUCCGGCGUCGACGGCCUCUACUACCCCGCCGCCUUCCUCCGCCCCUCCCCGGACUCCUCCCCGCCGUCCCCACCGACCCGGAGAUCCGCCCUCCACGCGCUCCUGUCCCGCGACGCCUCGCUCUUCCUCGAGCGCUACGGCGCCGCGCUGCGCCCCGACGAGCUCGCCUGCUUCGACGCGCUCCGAGACGACUACGAGGUGGGCUGGCACCUCCGCCGCCUGCGCGCCGCCGCCUCCGGGGAAGCGCCGCCCCCCGCGCGCGUGCGCAACCGGCGCCGCGCCUACCUCCACCGCCUGGUGCGCGAGGGGGACUACUUCUCCGAGGAGGCGAUGCGGGAGCGGGAGCCCUACCUGCACCACGAGUAUCUCGGGAGGUUCCAGGACCCGGUUGGGCGUGCCAUGGCGCGGCCCGGGGAGAAGUGGUCCGAGACGCUGAUGCGGCGGGCUGAGGAGGCCGUCAUCGUGGAGAAGAUUCGUGGGGAGCAGAUUAUGAGAGGGGUUGAUCCCGGAGAGUGGGUGGGUGGUCCUGUUGAGCGGCCGAUGCAGGAGCAGGAAGAAGAGGAAGAGGAAGAGGAAGAGGAGGAGGAAGAAGAGGAGGAGGAAGAGGACAUCAACAUGGAGGAGAUUAGACGAGCGACUGAGGUGGUUGCACGCGAAGAUACUGGCAUGGGAUCCAACGGUACUGUAGCCCCCCCUGCAGGGACUUUCAAGCAAAUACUAUCCACCGAAGAGAUGCAAGAUCAGCUUGAUCAGUUCACUUCUGUGAUGCACGAGAAGUUCCUCUCAGGUGAAGACUCCGAGCAUAUGGACUACCCUCAGAUAGACAACGACGAGAUGCUGGAUGACCACUGGUCCAAAGAAGCCAACUACGACGCAGAGGACAAGUAUUUCGAUGAAGACUAGGACAGUUAAGAAAAUAGUGUGCUAUUUAAGUUCCAUAUCAGUUUAGUGGCAUCGGUCAUGUUCAGACCCUGUAGUGUAGGAGCAUGUAAAUAUAUGAACCAUGUAUGACACAUUACAUAUCCCAUGAGGCAUGUUGAAUUGUGGGUUACAGGCGAUAGGGUAACCCUGUGCUAAACCA